AUUUGUAUUGUUUUUUGUUUACGCUGUUUUCAAGGAGAAUAUUUUGCCGUUUACGAAUUUUAAAUAAAAUAAUUAUCGAUUCUUGUUUUUUUUUCUUUAACAGAACUCAAGAUACCGCAACAAAACCAAUGUCACAGCCACAGUUCACGCUGUCUUGGGAUGCAUUUCAGCAAAACAUUUGUAACGGCUUAGGAACUCUCCAGCAGAAUGAAGAGUUUGUGGAUAUGACAAUAGCUGCGGAUGGGCAUUUUGUGAGAGUUCAUCAGAUAGUCCUCUCACUGGCCAGCCCUUACAUAAAAGAGCUCAUAAAGUCGGCACAAUGUCGGAAUCCAGUGAUAUUCUUAAAUAAAAUCUCAUAUCAUACAUUAUGCUCAAUAUUAGAAUACAUAUACACAGGGCAAACAGUUGUGGCCAAAGAACAUAUAGAUGAACUUAUCAAAGGUGCCCAGGCUUUGCACAUAAGAGGACUUCAAGAAAUGGAUCAUCUAGUAUCUUUAUCAAUUAAGAAUGCAAACAAUCAAGCUAGCUACGAAAGAAAUACCUCGAGUGAAAUAAAUACAAGUACAAAAUAUGUCAAGGACAGAUAUACAGAAAUCAAAAAUUCAGAUCAUGAAUAUAUAGACGACGCAAUAGAAUUCUGUGACGCAGAACGAAUGGAUGAUACAACAGACGACACAACUAAUAUUGAGACCCAAAGCCAAAUUAGAGAGAGAAAGAAAACGAAGCAGAUGAUGGUAGCAGUGAAUAAAGAUCCUAUAAAGCCCACUGAAACACCUGACUCUCUACAGAUUCAAUACUGCGUGUCAAACCAGGGAAGCCUACAAAUGAUUUUGAAUAGAUACCUCUACUAUCUGAGAUAUAGUUCAAAAACUGGCCAUAGACAUUGGCGUUGCACAGACUAUAUAAAAAAGAAAUGUCCGGCAGCUGUCAGUACAAAAGAUGACAUUGUUCUGAGGAGGACUUCAGCACACAUCCAUCCAUUCCAUGAUGGUAAAAUUGCAAAAAAAGUGCGUGAUAAUACAGUAUUUUCACUUAUUUCUGAGGCAGAACUACAUGGCGAUUUGAAGAAAACGAAAAACCAUGAUGACACAUCUUGAAAAAAAAAACAAAAUAAAUUUUAAUAAUUUAUA